AUGGAACUUCAACUGACCCUUUUUUUACACCUUGGGUGGCUUGGUUUCUCCAGAGCGCAGGAUGACUGCAGCUGGGGAGCCUGUCAUCCUUCCACAGGCGAUCUCCUCGUGGGCCGCAACACGCAGCUCACAGCUUCUUCCACCUGCGGGCUGAACGGACCCCAGAAAUAUUGCAUCCUCAGUUACCUGGAGAGGGAACAAAAGUGCUUCACCUGUGACUCCAGGCUGCCGUACGAUUGGCACACCCAGCCCAAUAGUCACACCAUUGAGAAUGUCAUUGCGGGUUUUGAACCAGACAGAGAAAAGAAAUGGUGGCAAUCCGAAAAUGGUCUUGAUCAUGUCAGCAUCAGAUUGGACCUGGAGGCAUUAUUUCAGUUCAGCCAUCUAAUCUUGACCUUUAAGACGUUUCGGCCUGCGGCAAUGUUCAUUGAACGCUCCACUGACUACGCACACACCUGGAAAGUGCUCAGAUACUUUGCCAAAGACUGUGCUGCUUCCUUUCCCAAUAUCACGUCUGGCCAGGCCCGGGGAGUGGGGGACAUUGUCUGUGACUCCAGAUAUUCGGAUAUUGAACCCUCAACUGGUGGUGAGGUUGUUUUUAAAGUUUUGGAUCCUAGUUUUGAAAUUGAAAACCCUUAUAGCCCCUAUAUCCAAGAUCUUGUGACAUUGACAAACCUGAGGAUAAACUUUACCAAACUCCAUACCCUUGGGGACGAGCUUGGAAGGAGACAAGAUGAUUCCCUUGAUAAAUACUACUAUGCUCUGUAUGAGAUGGUUGUUCGAGGAAGCUGUUUUUGCAAUGGCCACGCUAGUGAAUGUGGCCCUACGCAGCAGAUGCGGGGAGAUGUUUUCAGCCCUCCUGAAAUGGUUCAUGGUUGGUGUGUCUGUCAGCACAACACAGACGGUCGGAACUGUGAGCGAUGCAAGGACUUCUUCCAGGAUGCCCCUUGGAGGCCAGCCGCAGGCCUCCAGGACAACGCUUGCAGACCGUGUAGGUGUAACGGCCACUCGGACCGCUGUCACUUCGACCUGAGCGCGUACCUGGCGAGCGGCAGCCGCAGCGGGGGCGUGUGCGAGGACUGCGGGCACCACACGGAGGGCCAGCACUGCGACCGCUGCAGGCCGGGCUUCUACCGGGACCCCCGCAGGGCCGCCUCGGAUCCUCACGCGUGCGCCGCUUGUGAAUGUGACCCUGAUGGGACCAUAUCUGGUGGCAUCUGUGUGAGCCACUCUGAUCCCACAUCGGGGUCUGUGCUUGGCCAGUGCCUGUGUAAAGAGAAUGUGGAAGGAGCCAAUUGUGACCAGUGCAAGCCCCACCACUUUGGCCUGAGUGCCUCUGACCCCCUGGGCUGUCAGCCCUGCAACUGUAACCCCUUUGGGAGCCUGCCACUCUCCACCUGUGACAUGGAUACAGGCCAGUGCUUGUGCCAGUCCUACGCCACCGGGCCCCGCUGCGAUGAAUGCACUGCUGGAUACUGGGGCCUGGGAAAUCAUCUCCAUGGGUGUUCUCCCUGUGACUGUGAUAUCGGAGGUGCUUAUUCUAACAUGUGCUCCCCCAGGGACGGGCAGUGUUCAUGCCGCCCACACGUUGCCGGCCGCAGCUGCGUGGAACCAGCCCCUGGGUACUUCUUUGCUCCCCUGAACUUCUACCUGUACGAAGCGGAGGAAGCCGCGCCUCUCCAAGGACUUGCGCCUCUGAGCUCAGCGACUUUUGGCCAGAGACCUACUGUUCACAUUGUUUUACGAGAGCCAAUUCCUGGGAACCCUGCUGCAUGGACUGGACCUGGAUUUGCCAGGGUUCUCUCUGGGGCUGGCUUGAGAUUUGCUGUCAACAACAUUCCCUUCCCCAUGAACUUCACUGUGGCCAUCCGCUAUGAAGCCCAGUCCUCAGCUGACUGGGCUGUCCAGCUUGUGGUUAACCCCCCUGGAGGGAGUGAAUCCUGCGCCCCAAAGACUCCACAGCCGAAGCCUCAAUCUUCUGCCUUACCAGCAGCUGCCAGAAUCAUGCUGCUUCCCACACCCAUCUGUUUAGAACCAGAUGUACAGUAUUCCAUAGAUGUCUAUUUUUCUCAGCCUUUGGAAGGAGAAUCCCACACUCAUUCACACAUCUUGGUUGAUUCUCUUGGCCUUAUUCCCCAAGUCAAUUCAUUGGAGAAUUUCUACAGCAAACAGGACUUAGAUGAGUAUCAGCUGCACAACUGCGUGAAAAUUGCCUUGGAAAUAGGACCUCAAGUGCUCCCUGGUGCAUGUGAACGGCUUAUGGUCAGCACGUCGGCCAAGCUACACGAUGGGGCAGUGGCCUGCAAGUGUCACCCCCAGGGCUCAGUUGGGUCCAGCUGCAGCCGACUUGGAGGCCAGUGCCAGUGCAAACAUGGUGUGACCGGGCGAUGCUGUGACAGGUGCUCAACUGGAAGCUACGGUUUGGGGCAUCAUGGCUGUCAUUCAUGUCACUGCCACCCUCAAGGAUCAAAGAACACAGUAUGUGACCAGCUAACAGGACAGUGCCUCUGCUACGGAGAGGUGGCGGGCCGCCGCUGUGAUCGGUGCCUGGCAGGCUACUUUGGAUUUCCCAACUGCCGCCCUUGCCCUUGUAAUGGGUUUGCUGAACUUUGUGAUCCAGAGACAGGAUCAUGCUUCAACUGUCGAGGCUUUACAACUGGAAGAAACUGUGAAAGGUGCAUCGAUGGUUACUAUGGAAAUCCUUCUUCAGGACAGCCCUGUCGUCCUUGCCUGUGUCCAGAUGUCCCCUCAAGCAAUCAGUAUUUUGCCCAUUCCUGUUAUCAGAAUCCCUGGAGCUCAGAUGUAAUCUGCAAUUGUCUUCAAGGUUACCUCGGUAUUCAGUGUAAGGAAUGCUCUGCUGGCUUCUAUAGAAAUCCAAAACUUUCAGGAGCGCCUUGCCAGCCAUGUGCCUGCAACAACAACAUAGAUGUGACCGAUCCAGAGUCCUGCAGCCCGGUAACAGGGGAGUGCCUUCGAUGUCUGCAUAACACUUGGGGCCCAAACUGCCAGCUCUGCAAACCAGGUUACUUUGGAUCAGCCCUCAAUCAGACCUGCAGAAGGUGCUCCUGCCAUCCUUCUGGUGUGAAUCCAGCUGUGUGUCCCCCUGGUGGCGGAGCUUGCCCCUGUGACCCUGUCACUGGUGAAUGUCCUUGUCUGCCACAUGUUACAGGCCUGGGCUGUGACCAUUGUGCUGACGGAUACUGGAAUCUGGUCCCUGGGAGAGGAUGUCAGCCAUGCAACUGUGACCCUUGGAACUCCCAAAGUAGCCACUGUGACCAGCUUACAGGCCAGUGUCCGUGUAAAGUAGGCUAUGGCGGGAGACAGUGCAGUGAGUGCAUGGAAAAUUAUUAUGGUGAUCCCCAAAAGCGAUGCAUUCCAUGUGACUGCAACAGAGAAGGUGCCAAGAAGCCUGUGUGUGACCCAGACACAGGCAUGUGUCACUGCCGGGAGGGAGUCAGCGGCCAGCAAUGUGAUCGCUGUGCCCAGGGUCACGGCCAGGAAUUCCCUACUUGUCUUCGAUGUCACUUGUGCUUUGAUCAGUGGAACCAAGACAUUUCUUCCCUCUCCGAAGCUGUGCAAGGGUUAAUUAGGCUGGCUCAUAACAUGGAAGAUAAAAGAGAGACCCCGGCUGUCUGUGAGGCUGACUUCAAAGGCCUCCGAGAGAACAUGUCUGAAAUAGAAAGGAUUCUGAAACAUCCUGUUUUCUCAUCUGGGAAAUUCUUAAAAGUCAAGGAUUAUCAUGACUCUGUUAGAAAACAAAUGUUGCGGCUAAAUGAACAAUUCAAAGCAGUGUAUGAAUUUCAAGAUCUGAAAGAAACAAUAGUAAGAAUGAAGAAUGAGGCAGACCUCUUACUUAAAGACCUCCAGGAAGAGAUUAAUUUACAAUCCGGUGUCCUUAAUGCAAGCAUCAUGGACUCCUCAGAAAACAUCAAGAAGUAUUAUCACAUAUCAUCAUCUGCUGAAAAGAAAACCAAUGAGACUAGUUUCAUCCUAAAUAACUCUGAAAAUACCAGGAAUGACUCACUUACUAUCUUAGAUACACUAACCUUAAAAGGAAACUUGUCAUUGGAAAAAUUAAAGCAAAUUAAGAUACCAGAGAUCCAGAUAUUAAAUGAAAAGGAAUGUGGAGAUCCAGGGAACUUGCGGUGCACUCUCUCAGCCUGUGGUAGCGCCCUCUGCACGGCCCCUGAGGGGCACAGGCCCUGUGAUGUUCCCAGCUGCCCGGGCUUCCUGGGCCUCUCAGGGGAUGCUCUCCAAAAGGCCCAGGAAGCAGAAAAUGUGACUCAUAAUUUGAACAGCCAGGUUCAUGGGUUGAAGAAUCAAAUCAAAAAUAUAACUACACUGGCAGAAAUCUCCCAAAACUAUGCCUUACAGAUAAAUGAGAAAGUGGGAAAUAUAAAAAACUACAGUGAACCUGAAGGAGAAAAUAUGAACCUUUUAAUCGAAAAAGGGAAAAACUUUUUGUUAGAGGAAAGUGUGCCUCCAGAAGACAUAGAGAAGGUUGCAAAAGAUGUAUUUGACAUCCAGCUACCAGUAACAUCACAAAAUCUAACCCACGAAUUUGACAAAAUAAGGAAACUUACACAACUCUGUGAGGACCACAGGACAGAUGAGAACAGACGAAAUACAGCAGCAGACGGAGCCCAAAAGCUUUUGGUAAAGGCCAAAGUAGCUGAGAAGUCAGCAAGUGUUCUAUUAAAUCUUGACAAAGUAUUGAACAAACUGCAACAAGCUCACAUCACUCAAGGACAGGCAAACUCUACCAUCACACAGCUGACGGCUGAGAUGACAGAAAUCAGAAAGAACAUGCUGCAGGCUGAAAAUCAAGCCAAGGAAAUGAAGCAUGAGCUGAACUUAGUAAAGCAGCAGUCAGUGCUGGAGGAUGGGCUUGCCCUGCUGUGGACCAAGUUGCAAGGGAGUCGAGACCAGGCUGACAGUGCGAAAGCUCAGGCUGAAUCCGCCCGACGGCAGGCUGGGAGCAGUGAGCAGGAGUUUGUUGAGCUGAAAAAACAAUAUGUUAUUCUUCUGCAUAAAACGAGUAUGACAAAGGAAACAUUCGGGAAAGUUAAACGGCUAAAAGACGCUGCGGAAAAACUGGCUGAAGUGACAGAGGACAAAAUAAGAAGAAUAACAGAUUUAGAAAAGAAGAUCCAAGAUUUGAAUCUAAGUAGGCAAGAGAAAGCUGGUCAACUGAAACAAUUAGAAGAUCAAGUUGUUGCCCUUAAGAAUGAAAUUGUCGAACAAGAAAAGAAAUAUGCUACCUGCUAUACUUAGGCAAAGUUAAAGUGCAAAGGAUGGUGCUUUUGUUUCUGGGUUCUGAUGUGCAGAUCAGACCGGAGGAGCUGUGCUGAGCUGGUGAAAUCCUCAUUGUCAGCCUCUGCCCCCUCCCUGCUCACACCUCUGCUCACUACACAGCUGCUCUGCUGGAUGGGGAAC